GCUUCUUUUACCGUGCUCACUCCACCUCUCGCACCCACACCAAAAACAGGGCCGAGCUUCUUCCAGGAUGCAGGUUGCGGCCGGCUGCGAGGGCUCGGCGGCGGCGACGGAGGGGGGCGACCAGCAGAGCUCCAAGAAGCCGAGGCUGGCCGCCGAGCCACUCCUCCUCCAUGCAUCGGUGAAGCAAGAGAUGGCCGUGCUCCAAACGGCCGGAGACGGGGCCGCGGUCGUGGCGGUGGACCACGGCUCCAGGAUGGAGAUCGCCGUGAAGAUGGACGUGACCCUGCUCCAUUGCCCCCUCUGCAUCACCCCCUUGAAGCCCCCCGUCCUUCAGUGCAAGGGCGGGCAUGUGGCCUGCGGCGGCUGCCUCGUGGAGCCCUGCGCGGAGUGCGGCGGCGCCUUCGACGUCCGCAGCACGGUGAUGGACGCCGUCGUCUCCUCGACCACGGCCGAGUGCGACCACGACGGCUGCGGGCGCUACGUCACCUACCACGAGCUCACCAGUCACCGCGGCGAGUGCCCGCACGCACCCUGCGACUGCGCGGUCCCCGGCUGCGGCUUCGUCGGCCCGGCGCCGGCGCUCCUCGGCCACCUGACCGCCCUCCACUCGAUGCCGGUCUACAACUUCCAGUACGGCAAGGUCCUCACGCUCCAGGUGCCGGCGUCGCUGGAGCCGCGGGGCCUGCUGGUCGGGGACGAGGACGACCGCGCGUUCCUCAUGGUCGGCGGCGCGCUCGGCUACGGCGCGGCCGUGUCGGCGGUGUGCGUCAGGGCGGAGGCGAUGCUGUGGCCGCGGUACACGCUCAAGGUGUGGGCGAGCGGGCCGGCGCCGGCGCCGAACCGCAAGGCCGACUCCGUCAUGGCAGAGAUCGAGGUGACGAGCAGCACGGCGCCCGGCGCCGUCGCCGUCGAGGAGCUGGCGUACCUGGCGGUGCCGCCCAAGUUGCUGGUUGGGGCGGGGGCGUCCCGGCGGAUGUCUCUCAAGAUCCGCAUUGACAAGUUCACCUCCUGAUGACAGGACUGCACUACGCUUAGUCACUAACUAAUGCAAGGUUUAGGUUAGUUUGGAAAGGGUCUCGUGCAUUUUGGAGAUGAUGGAUUUUGGUUGCAAUUUAGUGGUAGUACUUCAACAUCGGACCAGGUGCUUUGCUAAUUUCCAACGGUGAAAACUAUUUUGUGGCUGUUGGAUUCGAUGUAACGAUGUUUGGAUGCCUAUGUGUUUAUUAAGAAAUUGCUGCUUAUGCAUUGUGUGAGGGUUCAUAA